GCGAGCCGGACGGCAGCUGACACUCCGCGCCGCCCGCCCGCACAGUGCCGUGUCGUGCCGCGCUGUGUCUUGCUUCCGCGACCCCCGCGCCGACCCGACACUCCGCGACCACCAUGAAGACACACCGCGCCGUCCUCGUCCACCUGCCGCGCAACAAAUCCAUCGACAUAGGCUUCUCCGACAUCACCUACAGCGUACGCGUCGGCGUCACCGGCAAAGAGACGAAGAUGGUGCUACAAGGCAUCUCUGGCCUCUUCAAGUCCGGAGAGCUCACCGCCAUCAUGGGGCCAUCAGGAGCGGGAAAGACUUCGCUACUCAACAUUCUCACCGGCUUUCAGACGCGUGGCAUGGGCGGCGAGCUGCGGCUGGACGAGGUGCUGCUGCAGCCGGGCGACAGCCGCCUGCGCCGGCAGGCCAGCUACAUCCAGCAGGAUGACCACCUGCCGGGCCUGUUCAGCGUCUCCGAGCUCAUGUGGAUGGCCGCCCACCUCAAGCUCGGCUCCUCGCUCUCCGACAAGGCCAAGAAGCUGCUGAUUGACGACAUCCUGGAGACGUUGAGUCUCUCAGCGUGCCUCAAGACUCGCUGCGAAAAGCUGUCGGGCGGCCAGAAGAAGCGGCUCUCGAUCGCGCUAGAGCUGAUCGACAACCCUCCCGUUCUCUUCCUCGAUGAACCCACCACGGGCCUGGACAGCCUGUCGUCGCUGCAGUGCGUCUCGAUGCUCAAGUCCCUGGCACGGGGCGGCCGCACCAUCGUCUGCACCAUCCACCAGCCCAGCGCGACCAUCUUCCACAUGCUGGACCACGUGUACGUGCUGGCGCAGGGCCACUGCGUCUACCAGGGCUCCAGCCUCAACGUCGUGCCCUACCUCAACUCCGUGGGGCUCGAGUGCCCCAAGUACCACAACCCCGCUGACUACAUGCUUGAAGUCAUCAGUGGAGAAUAUGGAGACUGUACUGAUGUCCUAGUGACAGCAGUUAAAGAAAACAGUUGGCGAAGUUCACCUGUCCAAACAAAUGGUAAUGCAGUUGUGGUAGAGACUAGGAAAGAUGGCACUGUACCACACAAAACUCUAGUUCUUGUAGCUAAGCCUUCAGAGUUUACAAGAUUCUGGACUCUAUUGCAAAGGUUUUACGUGCAGCUCUACAGAGACUGGACUGUCACACAUCUCAAAUUGGUGCUUCAUGUUCUUGUUGGAGUUGUGUUUGGGCUUAAUUUUACUGGAGCUGGAAAUGAUGCUUCAAAAACAUUCAACAAUGUCAGCUUUCUAUUCUGUACCAAUCUGUACCUAGCUUAUACAGCUGUUAUGCCAGCUGUUUUGAGGUAUCCCUCAGAAAUAGCUGUUAUGAAAAAGGAGUGGUUCAAUAAUUGGUACAAUCUUCGAACCUACUACAUCACCUCAAUGGUUGCCACUCUGCCUACACAGAUGAUGUUUGCAGCAGCACAUUCAACAGUUUCAUAUUUCCUAACUGGUCAACCUCAGGAACCUUCACGCUUUGUGAUGUUUGUCUGCAUUUGCAUGUUGGUUGCAGCUGUUGCAGAAAGUUUUGGAAUUUUUAUUGGCAUUGUUUGCCCAGUUGUUGUUAAUGGAACAUUUUUUGCAUCAGUGUACACAGCAUAUCUAAUACUGUUCUCUGGAUUCAUGGCCUUAUUGAAUGACAUCCCUUCUUGGAUGUUAUGGAUGGCAGAUAUUUCUUUCUUGCGUUAUGGUGUUGAAGGCCUAGUUUGUGCACUCUUUGGUAAUAAUCGCAAGCCAAUACCCUGUCCACCAGAACAUGUGUACUGUCAUCUUAGAACACCAAAAAAGUUGCUUCAGGAGCUUGGAAUGGUUGACGUACAAUACUGGGUUGAUGCCACCGCUCUUGUUGGCUUCUUUCUAUUAUUUAGGAUCAUUGGAUAUUUUUUCCUUCGAAGACGAAUGAUGAAAAGUAGUUGAGAAGAGUACAGUAUUUAAUUUUUUUUUCUUUGACUGGGAAAUAUUGGAUACUCCAGCAACAUAGGUUCUGUGAACUAAGGUGCUGCUAUUCAGUAUUUUUACUGGCUACCUUGUAGCACUUGGAAGGAUGAGUAACUGACAUAUGGGGAUAUGUAAAUAAGCACCCCCUCCCCCAGCUGAAAAAAAAAAAACA